UGCAUUGUAAAUGUUUCCAUUUUCCCUGGCCCUUAGGAGGUUCAAUCUGUGUGCCUGACCCCCUUUAUUAGAUGCCCUCCCAUCUCUCCUUGCUUAGUAACUCCCACAAUCAUUCCCCUCCUCACGUGUCACACGGCUGUAACUGGGAUUUUUUUGCCAAAGCUAUGCAUGCUGAAAAGCCUCUGUUUGGGAACAACCUCCCUAUUGUGGUGUAAAAAAAGGCUCCGCACAUCCCAGAUUCCAGUCCAGAGAACGUGGCUCCGGCUCCUGGUGCUUCGCAGAGAUGCCUCUUGGAAGACAAAUGCAGUUUAUGCUUUUGUUCAGCCGUCAGGGGAAGCUGCGGCUUCAGAAGUGGUAUGUGCCUCUGUCUGACAAAGAGAAGAAGAAGAUCACCAGGGAGCUGGUCCAGACGGUGUUAGCCCGCAAGCCGAAAAUGUGCAGCUUCCUGGAAUGGAGGGAUCUGAAGAUCGUCUACAAAAGGUACGCAAGCCUCUACUUCUGCUGUGCGGUUGAAGAUCAGGACAAUGAGCUGAUUACACUGGAAAUAAUCCAUCGUUACGUGGAGCUUUUGGACAAGUAUUUUGGCAGUGUGUGUGAACUCGAUAUCAUCUUUAAUUUUGAAAAAGCCUAUUUUAUUCUGGAUGAAUUUUUGCUGGGAGGAGAAGUUCAGGAGACAUCCAAGAAAAACGUGCUCAAAGCCAUCGAACAGGCGGAUCUUCUGCAGGAGACCAAUCACUGCUCCUUGUACGCUGUACCCGCACAAAAGCAGAAGCUGAUAUUCUGAAUGGAUCCUUGGAUUUGUGGCUUAUGGCUGAUCCAGCACUUUCAGACUGUACUUUGGUGCUAUGACUGCAAUGUGCAAAUUCUACAAAUGACGCUUUGUACCAAUCAUAGUGCCGUACAACCAAGUCUUUGUAUUAUAUUAUACCCAGUCAUCCCCAGUGUAAAAUGGUUCAGUGGCAUCAAAUCACAUUUAUAAACAGCCUCUCUGCAGUAUCCAGUAAACAACUGGUAAAAUAUAUUUUCAUAUCAUAUCAUGUCACUGUAAAUGUGUAUUUUCCAUGUCAUUGCAAGUUGCCAUGUUGCAACAUGUAACAUGGCCAUAAAACACAUAAAACUUAAAUAGGUCUUUCUUUUAAGGUGUUCAGACACAUAUGAAUAUACGUCUCUUAGUUACUGUCCCUUCAGUGCAAGGAUUUUAAGAUGACCUCCUAAAUAAACACAAUAGGCCUCAUUUACACAAUGCACAUUUUUUGCACUUUGCGCGCUGCAUGGUGCAUUGUGUAAUUAGGCGCAGGCCUCUGUGCUUCUUUACAAAGUGCGAGACCUGAAGGAUUUGCCCUGGAUUAAGCCCUGGCUGAAGAGGGGAGGACAGGAGAGGCAUGUAGUUGUACCCUGCAGCUCACAUUGGGGCCCUGUCCUUACAGCCUGAGCUUGGUGCACAGACCAGCAACCCUGGGGGACACAAGUGCUCUGUAAAUUGAGCCCUAAGGGGCGCACUCUUGCACUUGUGGGGUAGUAAAUGACUGCUAAUAUGUAAAUAGGGGACAUGUUCUUAUAUUUAUAUUUACAUCAUUGAUUAGUUCUUAUUACUCAAAACUGUACUUAUAUAGUCACGAGAGCAAAGGGUAUCUCCUGACGUCCAAACUCCCACCCCUCUGCACGCAUACACAAAGCUCGAAAGACGUUCCCGCACAUGCGCUGAUGCCGAUGAGCCAGCUGAUCGGGGAGCAGGUCUGGGCCAGCGUUGGGGGGGGAUUUUUUCCCGGUGUCCCGCCGGCCCAGUCCGACCCUGACUAGGGUAAUUUACAUGAGCGUCUCAGGUGCAAAGUGCGCUGCUAUGUUUUUUUGUACUUGUGACCUGGGUGCAGAUGUUUGUGCUCUGGCGGCUGUAAUGACAGGGCUUCCUUGUUGGGUUGUGAGUGAAUGAGCACUAAGAGGCAUGGUUUUGUGUCUCUUAGGGUAAGGGCACACGCUAAGAUUUGGGGAGUUUUAAUGCUCAUUCAUGCACUCCUUGUCAGGCAACUUCGGGUGACUUCGGAAAACAAAGUGAUCCGAGUGCCAUUCCGCAGGCGAUUUAGAUUCUAGCCAGUGGUUAGGCUUUUCAGGGAGAUUAGUGGCCUGAAGAAGAGGCAAUUCAUCGUCAGGCGUCUAAUCUCCCCGAACCUUCGCGUGUGUCUCUGUUAUUUUGCACUUGGACACAGGACAUGUACAUAAGCCCUGCUAUAUUUUAUUUCUGUUGAGGUUCUUAACUGGUAGACAAUUGUGAAUAGAGACAAGUAGACAUAGAACCAGCCUGCCUGUACUUUGUUGUGCAAAUGAGAAUUUGGGGUCACAGGAUAGCUUGGGGAUUCUGCCCCUUCCUCCAUAAACUGUCUAUCCAGAUACAGAUCAGACAGAAUACCCAAAGGGCAACUGUCUUUUCCGAGACUUUUCUGCAUGGAUAUAAAUAUUUAUAUGCUGUGGGAAUGUAUAGCCCGGCAUGAGACAGAAAAUAUUCCUUGGUGCCAACGUCUCUCAAUUAAUGCUGCUGAUGGGCCUAUUUUGUUCACUGAAAUUUGCAGUUAAUUACUGAUUACAGUUGCAGGCUGGCGGCCAAAUGUGCCAAAAAUGUUUGAUAUGAAAAAUAAAUGCAUGUUCAUUCCAAACACUAUGUACAAAAAAAAAAGAACACUGCCACAUUUUUUUAAGCACAAACCCAGUAAAUGGAAGCCGAUUUACAAAGAUUUUCUGCUUUUCAAUUUAGUUUAAAAUAAUAUUUUGGAUACAGUAAUAUUAAAGUGAACCUGGCAAACUUGUUGAUUUCCAGUGGUACCGGUAUGCGAUUCGUUAUCCAGAAAGUUCCAGAUUACGGAAAGGCUGUCUCCCAUAGAUUCCAUUUUAUCCAAAUAUUAUGGGGGGUGCAGGGGGACCUGAGGUUAGCAGCAAGAUAAAACAUAAUCCCCAUUGUUUCCUUGUGUUAUUGUUGUGCAUGCGAGAAGCCUUACCCUUUAAUGAGAGCAACAGGUAACUCUCAAGCAAUACAUAUU